GGGAUGUGAUGAGUAUAAAGGCUUUGCUGUAGGGAAUUGGGAAAUAUUUCACAGGAGUAAAUACUGGGCGACAUUUCCAAAACUUCUCCUUUCAUCCAGAUCACACAUAAGGAAGGUACAACACCCCCAAGAUGAGGAGCCUCCUUCAGUUCUUGGCCCUCUGCGCUGUGGUCUCCCUCUGUAUCUGCUAUGAUUCUAAUGAAAGCAAUGAAUCCCAUGAAGAUUUAUUUGUGCCUCCAAAUCGAGCCAACUCCUUCAUCCGGGGGAACAGACGUACCACACCCAGAGCAAACCGCUACAACCAGUACUUCUCGAGGAAGUCCCCAGCGGAGAUCCGUGCAGAGACCUGCGAGGACUACUCGCCCUGCCGCUUCUACGCCUACCGCUUCGGUGUCCAACACGCCUACCAGAGAUACUUCGGAGGCCAAAAUCCACCCCAGCAGCAGCAGCGCUACAGACAGACGGGGACUCGUCGGUUCUAAAACUUGAGUGUUAGGGCAGCACCCUGUUCCUUCACUCCACAUCUGUUGUAUAAUUUAUAUCUUUUUCUCAGUUUUGCCAAGAGAGAGAAACCUGGAUAAUGCAGGAGUCCAGUGUGGCUUGAAUCCUAUUCUUAUGCUUACAGAUAUUAACACCUGUUUCCAUGUGUAAUCUUAUUUUAAUGUCUUAUUUUUGAGCUGGACUUGCCAGAAUGAAAUGUCUGUUAUAUUAGCCAUCUAUCUUUUCUUUUUUUUGUUGAAAGAAAUAAAAAUAAAACGUAUUUCUUGAA